AUGUCGAUUUGGGCAGCUCGGACUAAACUUGUCGCCAAGUGGAUUGGACUCAGGUUGUUGGACUUGGGCAAAGUUACAGGGAAUUUGCUUCAGGCGCUCCUAUCCCGUGUAGCUGGCAUAACCGCUCAGGCGGGAGCCGAAACUGGAUUGUUGGCCAUCAGUCUGACAGUAAAUCGACAUUUGCAUGUCCUGGAGAGAGUCAUUUGGUUAAUUGUGCUUAUCAGUAGCAUUUCCGCCGCCCUGAUGCUUAGUCGUUUUCAGUUCACUCGCUACCUGACAUCGCCCACGGUUAUAUCUGUGGAUCGGGACUAUCGCGGAUGGAAUGGCUCCUUGCCGGCGGUGACUCUUUGCUAUUACGAUCAUAUCGACUCAUUCAAAGCCAAUGAAUACAUACAGGAAGUGUGGAAUGUAUCGAUCAUCGAUGAGGACUAUUUCUAUUUUAUGGAUUUCCUGUAUGCAGUGGUCAAUGCCACCGCUAGCAACUACGCCGAGCUAACGAAAUUCGCCGAGGACGAACGAUUCGAUCAGAUCGACUUGUACGAAAUGAUCCAGCGCGUGGAUCGACCCUUUGAGCAAGUGAUCAGUAGCUUCGAUACCAAUUUUCAGGUCCAUGUUCAGAUGGUGAUGACCGAGCGUGGUUCCUGCUACGCGAUCAAUGCUCCUAUGUCAACGGUGCUGAGUGGAAAGUCAGUGGUCUAUGAGGAAAUGCCACAACCGCUUUCGUGUCAAUAUGGAAAACAGCAAUGCUACAUUCGCAUGGAUCUCUAUGAGAGCACCGGCGUGUUGGACGUUCAUUCGCCGUACGAAGUUUCCGCAACAGAAGCAAACAUUGUGGCUCUACACAAAUCGGAUGAGAUAACCGCUUCGUUCAAGGUUCUCGAAACUGUGGCAUCGAAAAAUCUUCGCGAUCUAAGUGUGGAGCAGCGAAAGUGUGUUUUUAACAAUGAGGAGACAUCGAAUCUGAAAAUCUAUAGCAAAUCUUUGUGCCUAGCCCGGUGUCGGGCUGUAAUGGCCCUCGAGAUGUGUAAUUGUGUGCCCUUCUUCUAUCCAUUUGUGCCCGGCCCUAGCUGUAAUCCGGCUGGAUUUGAAUGCCUCUUGGACUUCAAGUGGCCCAUUUGGGCUCUUCACAUAUGCAAGUGUCCAUCGACGUGCACCGAGAUUGAAUACACUAUGCAGACGGUAAAGAAGAGCUCGUGGGGGAUAAAAAACAACGAGGAGGGAAGUGAAAUGGCAACGUCAAGUUUUCGUUGGGACUUGAUUCCACCAAAGGUUCGCUUUCGCCACGACGUCGUCUUCAGCUUUGAGGAUCUAGUGGUCUCUUUCGGCGGAGCUUUGGCCUUCUUUGUGGGCGUCAGUGUGAUGGGCUUAGUCCAAAUAGGUCACGUUAUUGUCUACAAUCUGUUGCUGGACAUGUUGAACUUAAGCCGUUGGCUUUAUGCCAUAUUCAGAGGGUGGAUCAUCAGCCACAGACAGAUUAACAUGGAGAGGCAGAAGGAGUCCAUGGCCAAUGAGCGCAUAUCUUUGGCAGACACGGCGGAACUGCAAUUGCCGACGCCCUCGUCGCCACCACCUCCAUUUGAAUAUGUGAAUUGAGUUGAAUUGAAUUGAAUUGAUAAGCGAACUGUAACCCAAAUGCGGUCAAAAGUUUAAUGUUACCCAUAAUAAU